CGCGCCUUAAAGGGCCAGGCAGGAGCGCAGGGCUCCCGGCCGAUAUGGCGGCGGCGCGCGGUCCCCAGCGCACGGAUGAUCUGCACAAAAGUCAUAACUCUACGUCAGCCACAGACGGACUCUCUGCAACUUCAUUUAUAGAAUAUCCAAAGCACAAGCCAUUUAUUAAUUCAGAUUUGCUGCUCUCCCCACGGAAGCCAGUUAUUCCAUAUCCUGAAAGCAACAGCAGAGCAAUAUUUUCUGCACUGAAGAAUCUCCAGGAAAAAAUUCAUCGACUGGAGUUGGAACGGCUUCAGGCAGAGGAGAAUGUAAAACACCUCAGCAGAGAAACAGCAGACUAUAAAAAAGUACUGAGUGAACAAAUGCAACACAAAGAGCAUGACAAGACUGAAGUGUCAAGGAAAAAUCAAGAACUGGCUUCUCAAUUGGCAGCUGCUGAGUCUCGGUGCAGCCUUUUAGAGAAGCAGCUGGACUACAUGAGAAGAAUGAUCCAGCACGCAGAGGAUGAGAAGUCGCAUCUCUUGGAGAAACAGGGUUCGUUGGAGAGAGAUCGGCUGCUUGAUCAAUCACACGUUCAGUCUAAAUUGGAAAAGCUGGAUAUGCUGGAGAAGGAGUACAGCAGGCUUACUGCGAUGCAGUCCAUAGCAGAGAAAAAAAUGAAAGAGCUGGAACAGAAGCUUCAGGAGGAAGAACACGCGAGGAAGCUUGUUCAGGAAAAAGCAGCUGAGCUUCAGACAGGCCUAGAAACCAACAGGCUACUGAUUCAAGCAGCAUCACCAUUGCUUUCUCCAAAAGCAAGAAAACCCAGGAAGAAAACGAAGCAGCCAGAGAAGAAACACUCCCACACGAGCCAUCUCGCUGCGCAGCCCCAUUACAGACUGUGUCUGGGGGAUGUACCCUUUGUAGCUGGGAAGUCGACCAGUCCCAGCCAUUCGGUCGGUGCCAACGUGCAACACGUCCUACACCUGAUGAAGCAGCACACGAAAGCUUUGUGUAACAGCCGUGUGGUAAAUGACACUCCACUGGCAAAAUCCAUCAGCACCGGUCAUCCUGCCAGCAAAAGCAGAAAGUCAUCUCUGCCAAAGGACUCCUCUUCAUCCCAGGAAGAGCUCUCAGAAGUGUUGCUGACUUUACAAGAUGAAUUUGGACAGAUGAGUUUUGAUCACCAGCAGCUGGCAAAGCUUGUCCAGGAAGCCCCAACCAUUGCUGUGAGGGAGGAUCUGGAGAGGGAGCUUGAGGUGCUGGUGGGGAAGAUGGAAGCAAAGGCAGACCAGAUCAGCAAAGUCCGGAGGCAUCGGUUGCAGCUGGAGAGACUGAAAAGAGAAUGCAAGGCCAAAAAGGCCUCUGCCAAACAAACAAAAGACAGCAGGUUCCCUGUGAGUGAGGUCAAAGUAACCACUACAGUAACCACAAAAGGGAAGAACGCUGGUCCCAUCAAGGUGAAACCCGGAGAGAAGAGUCGGAAGAACCUUCAGUUGUUGAGGGACAUGCAGACCAUCCAGACUUCGCUACAGAAAGACGAUGUCAGCUGGGACUACUGACUCCUGCAGGAGAUGUUCUCCAGCCACCCCCGUCACACUUCCCCACAUCCCGGAUACGAAGCAGCUGCCUUUCUUGCUGUGUGAGAGAGACCACUGGAUGCCAAGUGCACUUUUGAAAUAUGGGCCCUCAACUCUCCACCCCUGGCUUUGACUGUAUAUAUUAUGGUCUAGCUUCAAACACAUUCCAUUUUGAAGGUACGCAGCCACCAAAUCUGAGCAUAGGUCUCCACCCGUUCCUUCCGUGUUGUGGUUCCAGCAGUCCCUCCACUUCCCUUCAGCGCACCAAGAGCUGCACGUCCAUGUGGGUUGGUGUGUGUGAAACACCAGUGGGAUGUCACGCUGCUGUUGGACUCUGGGAGGUUCCUCAAGAUGUGUCUUGUUUGAAAACGAUGCUGUGACCCAAGUCUGAGGGGCUGUUGCCAGCUCUGUUCUGGGAGCAGCUGCAGUCACUCAGGUCCCGAGUGUGUCUGAGGGAGAACAGGCAAACCCGGUGGAAGGCAUUUUUUGUAGGUGUUCUCUCCUCAGAAAGCUUUCCUAGUUCUUGUCCUGCUGCAUUGCAUUAGUCGGCGUUAAUGGCAAUGGAUGCUUCAGUACUCAAAAAAGGAGAAAAAUAACUUCUCCGAAUUAUUUUGCUUAACGAUUGAUUGAAUUCAAGUCUGAAUAGUGUAAUUUUUCUACAGCAAUUGUACUUCAUGAAGAAGCUCUAGAAGGGGGUGAUUACCCCAUCUCCGUGUCCGCAGGUUUGGGUGGUAAAGGAGGGAGAUAAACCACAAGUGUUUUAAAUUUGCAAGUGCCUCAAUCAUGCCAUUGAGUCCUGGCAUCUUGCUUUUAACUUUAAAUACGUGCUUUGCUGAGCUAUCUACUCUGGUAGUGGUGCAGUUCAUUUUGCACUCUGACUUGCACAGCUGAGUAAAUGUUAUUUAUUAUGUUAAUAAUGUAAAGAAUUUCCUAUUAAUGGAAUGUAUAGAAGACCCAGAUUACCCCUUUAUACAGCUGAGAAAUAAUAAAGCCAGCUUGCCUGUUGAGUUGUGGGAAAGCUG